ACAUCUGUUGAUCUGUCAUCUGUGUUUAUUUGUGAUGUUGUGUUAAAUGUUUGUGACUUAUCCAAAGAUAAGUUAGAUGGAACAUCGAAUUUGUAACACAGAUUAUAAUUUGAUUACAGAAAAAUUUUCUUCGGAUAACUAUGGAUUCUGAGAAACGUAGCAGAGAAAAGCGAAGUAAACAUAAAAAAAAACAUAAGAAGCAUAAAAAAAAGCGAUACUCAUCCACGUCUUCUUCAUCGACCGAAGAUGAAUGGGUAGAAAAACCAAGAGUAGAUAAAAUUAAAAAAACAGCACGUGAUAAUUCACCGAAACGAGAUUCUUGGAUGACAGAUUUAACGUUCAAUAUUCCAACUACUUCAAAUCAUAAAUUAAAAACACAAGCUAAAAUCGAUGAAGCAAAAAAUGCAAGUUUAGAUACUUAUAAUCCAAGUAAAAGCACGCGUGAGUUAAAUCCUUAUUGGAAAGAUGGCGGGGAUGGGUUGCCAAGUUUUAAUCAAUCAAAAAUGUUUUUAAAACCCGGAACUCAAUACAAGAAAUUUGAUGAAACUAAAUCUUCAUAUAGUUCUCGAGUACAAAGUUCAGGAGAUUGGAGGAAGAAGUCAUUGAAUGAGGUACACAAACAAUCGAAAUAUGACUCAGAAAAACAACAAAAAGUGUCCGAACCAGUGUCCGAACCAAAGUUAAAUUUAACUGAUAAAGAAAUUAAUGAAUUAGCAGCGCGUGUUUUAAAAGCAGAAAUUAUGGGGAAUCAAAAGUUACAUGAUGAAUUAAAAAAACAAUUAGAAAAGGCAAGAGAAUAUCGUAAAAAUAACGGGCCUACUCUCAUAAGCAGUGAUAAAAAUGAUGUUAUAAUGUCUAUAACAGACGAAAAAGGUCAAACAAAACCUGUAUUAAAACAUGAAUUAAAUGAACCUAGUACUUCCAAGAAAAGACAUAAAGUAUCAACACAUGUUCACGGGGAACGUGUACGUUACUUUGGGGAUGACGAUAGAUAUAAUUUAAACGAAAUGUUUGAAAAGGAAAAACUAACUUCCGGCUAUGAUGAUGAAGCAUCAUUUAUGAAAAUAGCAUCAAAAUUAAAACACGCAGAUGAUGAAGUUACAGAUUUGUUUGAAAAUACUUCAUUUGAUCCCAGUGCGAAAGAAGUGGAUGAACGAAAUAAAGCAAAAGCUUUAAAAGAACACAAAACUUUGUUAAAUUGCCCACGGUGUAUUGAUUCAGAUAAAUUUAAUAAUCAAUUAACUAUUAAGUUAGGGGAUAACGUAUAUUUGUCAAUUCCACCAUAUCAAAGUAUUACCGAGUGGCAUUGUUUUUUGAUUCCAAUCCGUCAUGUUUCAUGUGCAACACAACUCGAUGAAGACGAAUGGAAUGAAUUACAGGAAUUCCGUACAAAAUUAUCAAAUAUAUUUGCGAAACGAAAUCAUGUUACAAUAUUUUUUGAAUGUGCUAAGGAUUUGCAUAAAUAUCCACAUAUGAUGAUUGAAUGUGUCCCAUUACCUGAACAAGACGGUUCGUUAGCGCCUAUGUAUUUUAAAAAGGCCAUUCUUGAAUGUGAAAAAGAAUGGUCAAAUAAUAAAAAGUUAAUUGAAUUGAAAAAAUCGAAUGUACGAAGAGUUAUACCGAAAGGAUUAGCAUACUUUUCUGUAGAAUUUGAUUCAGAACCAGGAUUCGCUCAUGUCAUUGAGGAUCGUCGUGAUUUUCCUCAAAAUUUUGCACAGGAAAUUAUUGGUGGUUUGUUAGAUUUGCAUCAUAGUGUUUGGAGAAAACCACGUUAUGAAAAUUCGUCUGAAAUUUUGUCAAAAGUAAAUAAUUUUAAAAAGAUUUGGACUUAAUAAUUGUGAUUUUAAAUUUUAUUGUAAAGUGUUAUAAAAUAUUUCACGAGAAAAAUUUAUAAAUUCUGACCUGAAUCAGACUUAUGUUGGAAUUCAUUAAAAGAGUAGAAAAGAAUUAAUAAUUUUGUCUGUAUUAUCACUAAUAAAGAGUACACCAGUCAAGAAAGGCAUAAAACUGACCGCCGUUAGUUUCGUUCUAGAGGGAUUAUCACUGUAUAUGGUAUGUUGGAAAAUAUAUUAUUAAUUAUUAUUGUGUAAAAUAUAGUGGCACACAAGAUAUUUUGAUUGCCAGUUUUUGACUUAGAUCAUUAUUGAGCUAUUUUUUAAAUAGGUUCAGUAUCACGUACUAAUAUAAAUGUAAAUACACAAAAUCCUUAAUAAGAAGGAAGUGCCACCAUUUUGCCUGUUUCGGCCUUUGUCUCCAUAACCGUACACUUUUGGCCAAAAAUGGUAAUAAUCUUUUUAGUUAAGUAAUUUUUGGUACCCCUAACUGAUUACGACUUAUAUCACUAUUACGAUUUAUUUAAUGGCUUUUUGGUCCGUAUCUCUUCUAAUAAUUUUUUAAACAAUAAAAUGCUAAUAACUUAACUUUUAAAUCUACAAAUU